AACGGAUAUAUAAAAUAAUUUUUUGAAAAUAGUACUAAAAACAAAGUGAAAAUAGUUUAGUAGGAAAAAAAAAGAUUGCGUAGUAUACUACGAAUUUGGUUUGUUUUUUAUUUUGGAAUUUAUGACUACGGCGAAAGGGAGUGGCGGCAAUUAAUAAAACUUAUAUAUACAAUUUAAAUUAAAAACACGAUAUUAACAAUGGAUACAUCAUCAUCAUCAUCAGCAUAUUCACACUCAAAUCUAAAUAGAAAUCCCCUAGAAGCCGCCACUUUGCUGGCCCCUCCAACAGGUUCGAAUGGUGUGCGGCGUCCAGUGGCCGCUGCUGUAGCAACGGCUGGCGUUCAACGGAGACGUGUGAUAAAGAAGCAUAUCCAACAGAAGUAUAUGUUAUGUGGUUUCGCAAUACAUGCAUUUCUCGCCACCCCUGCCUACUUGUAUGGUAAUGUCGUGGAGUCUGAUAAAGACUUGGUAUUGCGCAUCUGGCCAGCAAUUGUGUAUCAAGCCACGGGUCAAUUAUGCCGAAGUAUACUCGAACAUUUAGAUACAGAAUACCAUGGAAGAACACGAGAAACAGCUAAAUAUCGAAGAUUAUUUCUACUGGCCACCCUAAUAAUCUGUUGUUCCCUAAUGGUCAGUGGCAUAUUCUUUUCCUCAGCCUGGGUUAAAGUUUCCACCACCACUCAAGCCAUUGCCAUAGUCUUUUAUGGAGUUUUUGCAGGUAUUGGUGCCAGUUUAUUUGUUUGGAAGACUCAUGUCAUCUUGGAAGCGGUUCGGCCACGAGAGGAUAAAUUCGUGCGCAAGACAAUAUUUUUGUGUGGCGAAGCAUUUUGUCAAUUAUUUUUAUCGUUUGCUUUUACCAAUUUACGCACACUGUACGGCACUGCCCAGUCCAUAGUUUUAAUGUCUGCCUUAUUAGUGAAUCUCAUACCGAUAAGUUUAAUUAUAACACGCCAUCGUGAGGGCGCCAUAACUCAGCGUGUAUCUGUGAUAAAGGCAGAGACAGGAUUUACACCGCUACAUCAUCAGUUGGGCCGCUACUCGAAUGUUUUCAACGAUCAAAUGGAUGGCAUUGAGUUGCGCACUUGGAAGAAUCCCAUUAUGGAACAUCAUCCCAGUGUGGCGGCUUUAGCUUUGGCCGAUAGUGGUCAUUAUAUGUUGCCUACGGAUCAGGUGGAUGUAACAUUCAUUAAUCCAAAUGGUGUGGAAAUCAUGGAAAUUAUACCCGAAGAAGAUGAAAAUGUCUCAGUCAUGCGUUCUAGUUCAGCAACUAUCGAAAACUAUGGCAGAAACAGUGUAAGUGCUUCGCAGACUAUGCAAAAAUCCAUAUCGAAUGGCUUGCAAAUGAGUCGUGAGGGAGUGGUCGAUUCGGGUUACAGUAAUUUGGAUAAAUUUCAAAAAUUUUCUCGCAAUGUCACCACCAAUUUAUGGGAUAAUCUUUUGGAUAAAAUUGCUCAUCCAUUGCAGGCCGCCUUAGUGGUGCCUCAACUAUAUUCGACCACUUUCUUUCUAUCGGCUGAUAUUUUCUCAUAUGUCAUGUGUCUCACAGUAUUGCCUGGUUUGGCGGUCAGUCAUCAUGCCAUUAAAAAUGCUGAAAUACCGUUUUUAUUCUCCUUAUUGGCCUUUCCUUGGAUGUGUUUUUCAUUGAUGACUCCACGAUUUGGCAAUAGUUUGUAUAAACAUAAAUUUAAGUGGCAUACACUGGGCUGCAUCUCGAAAGGAUUUGCUUUGAUAUUCAUUAGUUUUUCAACGUCCAAACUGUUACUUAGUGUGUCAGCUGCGCUUUUAGGUUUCGGCCAAUCCGUAACACUCUUCCUUCACGACUGGGUCUUUCAAAUGAGUAUGACACGUUCUCAGUGGACUGCCAUACGCUUUCCAGUGCACUUUACCAAUGGCUUGUUAAUACUUGUAUGGGGCACCCUGGCCCACUGGGUAGUCGUGAAUUUUUCUUUUCAGGCUAGUGUGGGUCUAGCAGCAGCCCUUUAUGCCAGCAGUAUUAUUUUGUGGAAUUUAAUAUAUUUAUGUUUUAAUUGUAAAAAAUAAAGAAUUUAUUUUGAGUAAAUUGGAAAAAA